AUGGUUCGAUUAGUUUUGAUCAUCUUCUUCGUCUACACAAUAAUCUUGUCGAUCGGCUCAAUCAACUGCAUAGACAAUAAUAAUCUGGUAACAAAUCAAGCUGCUUUGUUCGUGUUCGGAGAUUCUCUUUUUGAUGCCGGAAACAACAACUACAUCAAUACUGUCUCAAGUUUCCGGUCUAAUAUCUGGCCGUACGGUCAAACCAAUUUCAAGUUUCCCACCGGAAGAUUAUCCGAUGGACCCGAAAAGGCAUGGUUGCCGUCGAUCCCGCCAAAUCUACAACCAAACAACGGUAACAAUCAAUUUACCUAUGGAGUAAGUUUUGCUUCUGCUGGCGCCGGAGCUUUAGCCGAAUCCUUUCUUGGAAUGGUGAUAAAUUUGGGAACACAGUUAAACAACUUCAAAGAUGUUGAAAAGAGCUUGAGAUCUGAACUAGGAGAUGCAGAAACCAAAAGGGUUUUCUCAAGAGCUGUUUAUCUGUUUCAUAUCGGGGCCAACGACUAUUUUUAUCCUUUCUCUGCAAACUCCUCAACUUUCAAAUCCAACUCCAAAGAGAAAUUCGUCGAUUUUGUUAUCGGUAACAUUACAUUCGUUAUCGAGGAAGUGUAUAAAAUGGGAGGAAGAAAGUUUGGAUUUUUGAACGUGGGACCGUACGAAUGUUCACCAAAUUCAUUGAUAAGAGACCGAACAAAGAUAGGAUCUUGUUUCAAACCUGUCGCUGAGCUUAUCGACAUGCACAACAAGAAGUUUCCCGAUGUUUUAAGGCGGCUACAACGCCAAUUAUCGGGUUUUAGAUACGCCCUUCAUGACUAUCACACUUCUCUUUCCGAAAGAAUCAACAGUCCUUCAAAAUAUGGGUUCAAGGAAGGGAAGAAGGCAUGUUGUGGAAGCGGACCACUGAGAGGAAUCAAUACGUGUGGAAACAGAAUAGGACCGUCGCAAGGUUACGGCCUAUGCGAAAACGUUACCGAUUAUUUGUUCUAUGAUUCCUCUCAUUUGACGGAAAAGGCUCAUCGACAAAUCGCAGAGCUGAUUUGGAACGGGCCGCCUAAUGUCACUAGACCUUAUAAUCUCAAAGCUUUAUUUGAACUUAGGCUUACAUAA